AUGGAUAUUGAAAAAGCAGAAUAUGUAGUCGUUGUAGCUACAUCUUCUUAGAAAUCAGCAUCAAAAGCAAUUGUAAAAAAUAAAAUGGCAACAACCAUUUAAAAAUAUUGGCGAGGCUAUUAUGUUAGAAAAAAGCUUACUUACUAAAAAAUAAUUGAAUCGAUUCCUUAAAAAACUAUGAACACUCAUGAUGUUGAUCAAUAGCAAUAAUUUGAAUCAGGAAUAACUAUAAACCAAGAUGAAUUCGAGAGAGAAACACGGCCACCUUAUAAAUUCAAAGGUGGAGCAGUCUAUACAGGAGAAUGGAAAGGAUAAGCCAGGGAUGGAGCAGGCAUACAAGUCUGGUCAGAUGGAGCAAAAUAUGAAGGGGAAUGGAAACACAAUAAAGCUUAAGGGAAAGGCAAAUUCACCCACUCAAAUGGAGACACCUAUGACGGAGAGUGGGAGAAUGAUAUGGCAAAUGGAUAUGGAACCUAUUAGCAUAUUGGAGGAGCAAAAUACGAAGGAUAAUGGUUCAAUGAUAAAUAGCAUGGAUACGGGCAUGAAGUGUGGCCGGAUGGGUCAUCCUAUCAAGGAUUCUUUCAAAAUAGUGUUAAACAUGGAAAAGGCAAAUAUAUAUGGCCAAGUGGAUAGUAUUUUGAAGGGGAUUGGGUUAAUAAUAAAUUAAGUGGAUAGGGUGUUCUAGUUUGGCCAGAUGGUAGAAAAUAUGAAGGAGAGUUCUAGAAUAAUAAUAUGCAUGGAAAGGGAACUUAUACUUGGCCAGAUGGGAGAAAAUAUUAUGGCUAAUACUUUAAUGAUUAGAAACAUGGUUAUGGAAUUUAUGAGUGGAGUGAUGGAAGGAGAUAUGAAGGAGAGUGGGAAGAUGGAAAAUAACAUGGAAAGGGAUUGUACGUGGUUGGAGAACUUGAAAGAACAGGGGAAUGGUUGAAUGGGAAACGAAUUAGAUGGGAUGAUGAAAAGAGAACAGAUUAUAAAAAAUGA